AUGGGCUUGUCGACCACACUUCUCAUUCCUCUUAUACUUCUACUUACAGCCUGUCAUGCUCGCAUCAAGUACGACGGGCCUAAUCCCAAGAAGCCAGGCUCCCGCAGGCCGGUUCCAGCGUUGUACAACCAGCGAUACUCCGAGCAGACUUUCAUCGGUACGCACGAUGCCGCUGCCUUGAGGACUGAAGAGAAUGGCUAUUCUUUGUCCGGAAAUCAAUACUAUAACAUUUCAACACAGCUCAAUUCUGGCAUCAGACUCCUGCAAGGCCAAGGCCAUGCAGAUCCCAAUGGCUCUUCCGAUAUACGCAUCUGCCACUUCAAUUGUGCCCUCAUGGAUGGGGGUAGCMUUCAAGAAUUCCUUCAGACCGUCAAGGUCUUCUUAGACGCCAAUCCUCACGAAGUGGUCACCCUACUUUUCGUCAAUACAGGCGUCCCCAUCGAACGAUGGGUGAAGGCCUACUACGAGACAGGACUAGAUCUACUGUCAUACGUCCCUCCCGCGAACAAGCGCUAUGGCAACAUGCGAACAUCCGAUUGGCCAAUAAUUUCAGAAAUGGUGGCCGCGCACCAAAGAGUGGUGACUUUCCUAUCGCAAGGCGCGGACCAAAACCAAGUCCCGUUCCUGCUGCCAGAGUUCAACUAUAUGUUCGAGACUGAAUUCACGAUCGAUUCUCCUGACCAAUAUAGUUGUCAACCAUCGCGGCCGUGGUGGGUGAGAGACUUCAUCCCUGAUCGUUUGAGUCUCGUAAACCACUUCCUAUACGCUCAAUUCCUCGGCUUUCGAUACCCGAAUGCCACGUUCGCAAACAUCACGAAUGCAGCAGGAUUCCACACAGGAGAGCUGGGAGAACACGCUGUCAGAUGCAGGCAGCUCUACGACCGCCGUCCGAACUUUCUCCUCGUCGAUUUCUUUUCCGAGGGCGAGGUUUUCGAUGUAGAGUACGGAUUGAAUGCUUUCUGA